GCCAGGCAGGCAUGGCAUCCAAGGUCGGGAUGCUGCUGGUAUCCUCCCAACCAAGCAUGAAGCCCCCUGGAGCUCUCAGGAGUUGUUCCCACUUUGUACACAAGAUUCUUCCCUAAGAUGAACCGGGCACUUGGCUUUUCAGAUCAUUAAACAGUGCCAGGGAGUCCUUUUGUACAAAAAAGAGAUCUGUCAGGCCUUUGACUUUGGGGUCCACGGUCCCUGCAGGUCUCUGAGCGGGGCACGUGGGUCUGCGAGAGCAGGGAGCCCCUUGACCAGGCCUGGGAUCCUGUGGCCAGGGGACCGCAGGCCUCGGUUUCCUGGCUCCGGACGCAGCGCCUAGAGGGCAGAGCCGGUUGGUCCCGCCCCGCGCCGCGGGUCCCCGGCCCUGCCCACUGCCUGUGGGGCGGGCGGGGCUUCACUGAGCCCCGCCCCACUCUGACGCCAGGUGGGCGGGGCUUCCACCUCCCUGACGUCUCGGUGGGCGGAGCGCCACCCCCGGGCCUGGCCGUUCUGUCCGGUGCUGCGGGGCGCGCGGAGGGCCCCGGAGCUGCCAUGCGGGUCCCGAGUCCGAGCCCGAGCCCAAGCCCGAGCCUGAUCCCAGUCCUCGGCGCGGCGCGGCACCCUCGACGGAGGCGGCGGGCGCGGGGCGCGCUCUGAGGCCUGGGGAUGCGCCGCCGCCUCGACCAUGGGCGCCGUCGCCUCCCGGAGGAGGGCGCUAAGAAGCGAGGCCAUGUCCUCGGUGGCGGCCAAAGUGCGAGCAGCCCGAGCGUUUGGCGAGUACCUGUCCCAGAGUCACCCCGAAAACCGGAACGGUGCAGACCACCUGCUGGCUGACGCCUACUCUGGCCACGACGGGUCCCCCGAGAUGCAGCCGGCUCCUCAGAACAAGCGCCGCCUCUCCCUCAUCUCCAACGGCCGCUAUGAGGGCAGCCUUCCGGAGGAGGCUGCCAGCGGGAAGCCGGCCGGUGAGGGCCCCCAGCCCCGCGUGUACACCAUCUCAGGGGAGCCGGCCCUGCUGCCCGGCCCGGAGGCCGAGGCCAUCGAGCUGGCUGUGGUGAAGGGGCGGCGGCAGGGGGAGCGGCACCCCCACCACCACAGCCAGCCCCUGCGCGCCAGCCCGGGCGGCAGUCACGAGGACGUCAGCAGGCCCUGCCAGAGCUGGGCAGGCAGCCGCCAGGGCUCCAAGGAGUGUCCCGGAUGCGCCCAGCUCGCCCCCAGUCCCUCCCCUCAGGCCUUUGGGGUGGACCAGCCGCCUCUGCCUGAGGCUCCCAGCCGCCGCAAGAAGCUGGAGAGGAUGUACAGCGUCGACCGAGUGUCUGAUGACGUCCCCAUCCGUACCUGGUUCCCCAAGGAAAACCUCUUCAGUUUCCAGACGGCAACCACAACUAUGCAAGCCAUCUCGGUGUUCAGGGGCUACGCGGAGAGGAAGCGCCGGAAACGGGAGAAUGAUUCCGCGUCUGUAAUCCAGAGGAACUUCCGCAAACACCUGCGCAUGGUCGGCAGCCGGCGGGUGAAGGCCCAGAGUAGUGACUUGCAGAGCUCCCACUGCACCUUGGGCGAGGCUUUCGAGGACCUGGACUGGGAGACUGAGAAGGGCCUGGAGGCCGUAGCCUGCGACACUGAGGGCUUCGUGCCACCCAAGGUCAUGCUCAUCUCCUCCAAAGUGCCCAAAGCCGAGUACAUCCCCACCAUCAUCCGCAGGGACGACCCCGCCAUCAUCCCCAUCCUCUACGACCACGAGCACGCGACCUUCGAGGACAUUCUGGAGGAGAUAGAGAAGAAGCUGAAUAUCUACCACAAGGGGGCCAAAAUCUGGAAGAUGCUGAUUUUCUGCCAGGGUGGCCCAGGACACUUGUACCUGCUUAAGAACAAGGUGGCCACCUUUGCCAAAGUGGAGAAGGAAGAGGACAUGAUCCACUUCUGGAAGCGGUUGAGCCGCUUGAUGAGCAAAGUGAACCCUGAGCCGAACGUUAUCCACGUCAUGGGCUGCUACGUCCUGGGGAACCCCAAUGGGGAGAAGCUCUUCCAGAACCUCAGGACCCUCAUGACUCCUUACAGGGUAAUCUUCGAGUCGCCCCUGGAGCUGUCGGCUCAAGGGAAGCAGAUGAUUGAGACCUACUUUGACUUCCGGCUGUACCGCCUGUGGAAGAGCCGCCAGCACUCGAAGCUGCUGGACUUUGAGGACGUUCUGUGAGGGGCGAGACCACCGCCCGGCCGCUCCCUCAGACCGGCGCCGGGCUGCCCGGUGCCGCGUGGGUCCCGGUCUUCACGGCCACUUCAGGGCAUCUCAGACGUCGCUCAGGUUCCCUCCCAGGGCUCCCGUCCUCACGGCACCGCGGGUCUCAGCGGCCACCGCCCCCGCGCCCCGGAGGAGUCCCCCCGUGGCUGGCGGAUGCUGCCCGGGCCUCGCCUGGAGGCUCAGUGCUGGGGCGGCGCCUCUGCAGGUUCAUAGAAAUAAGUGCAAUUUUCUACAACCCCUGAGACAAUUCAAAGGGAAGCAGCGUUACUAGUUAACUAGUUAAGUGCUACGUUACUAGUCAUGGCGUAGAUCACCCGGCUCAAUGUGUGUCCAGGACCCUCUGCCUCAGCUCCCCAGCCCUGCCGUAUCCGAUCACCAGCACCAGGGCGGCCUGUCUGCCCGGCCUGGCUCCGUCCCCGGAGGAGUCCCUGAUGGUCUGUGCUUGCGCUGCCCUCGCCCCUGCUUCCCUGACCUUGGCGCCGCCCCGCGGGGGUGCCCGGGGGCAGCAGGGACACGCCUUCCUUUCACUCGGAGGGCGCCCUGGGUCGAGCCAGGCCCUGCCUGCUCCCCGGCCCCCUGUACCCACCCGGCUCCCUGCUGCUGUCCAGCUCAGCUUUUGGCAGCCGAGCUCUGAAGGCCUCUCCCGGUGCAGGGGCCCGGGGUCUUGGCGGGGCCUGCCAGGGCUGGGUCCUGGCGGGUGAGACCCCUGCCGCCCGCUCCAUGGUGGCCUGGACCCCGCAGCCUGGCCCAAGUGAGGGCGGGGCAGCCGCUGGGCUGUGCGUGCGCAGCCUGCCAUGGCCCAGCGGGCGGGCCCUUGUACAUAGCUGGCGCUCGGGGGCUGGCCCCCCUGUGCAGAGUCUGGUCUGAGACACAGGCUGUGUCCCCAGUCAAGGGGAGUGGGGGCUCGUGCCGGGCUCUGAACAAUGUACGACACCCCAUAGAGUGACCAUUAAAUCUGACCCUCCGCUGCG